CAGGAGAGCUCGCGGGAGCUUUUCCUGCCUUCAACUGAUGCGAAGCUGCGGGAGAGAGGAGGCAGCCCGUGCAUCCUGCGCGCUGGAACAGAAGGAACCUUGUGCUAACUCUCGCAGCAGCAGCAGGGAGAAAUCCACGGAUUUACACUGCUGCGUUGUUCGUGCGUAAAAAUGACCGAACACUCCGGUGCGCGCAACUAACAAACGUUUUUUCGAGAAGUGUGGGUUUUUGUUUUUUUUAUGUGAUUUAAGUUUGGAUUACGCCGUUUGAGGGCUGCAGACUGGGGAGGGAAACAAGUUCUGUCUGUCAGAGAUCCUGAGACGCACCGAUCUGUCCACUCGAAGGAGUUUUGGAGACGGAGGACAUGAGGCUGUUUGUUGUCUGCGCGCUUCUGCUGUUCAAAGUUGGUCUCGGAGAUGCCUGUGCCAGUAACAAGUUCACUGAAUCGGGACAGUGUUGUAGUCUGUGUCCUGCUGGCUUCGGCGCGGUGGAACAAUGUGGGAAAGAGGAUACCAAGUGCGCGCCGUGCCCACCAGGAACGUUUUCCCCAUCUGAAGGCCUCGGCCCUUGCCUUCGUUGCGACAAGUGCCCACCCAGUGUCCCCACGGUCGCCUCUUGCUCUGCUGAUCAAGACACACAGUGCGAAUGUGACAACGGCUUCUUCUUCUUGAGAAGCCAUGGCCUGUGUGCGCCCUGCUCCAAAUGCACCCGUGGCGAGGGCGCCGCCCGGCAGUGUGGCCUCCAGGGAGACACCCUGUGCCAGAUCUGUGUCCCGGGGACGUUUUCCGAGGAGCGUAUCAGCACCAAACCCUGCCAGACGUGCACCCGGUGCUCUGACAGCGAGGUGGAGAUCCGGCCCUGUAUGCCCAACUCUGACACUCUCUGCAUGGAUAAGAAGCUGCACAUUUUAUCUCGACCUGCUGAGGCCGAUGGGACUCGGGAUACUCCUGGGUUUCCAGGUGAAGAGGAGGUGAUCGAGGAAGAGGACGCCAGUCCUGCACCCGGGACACCCAAGUUUACCCCACAGGAUGAGGGGGGCAGCAACAACAUUCUGGCUUAUGUGUCUGUUCUGGCUGCCGUGGUGCUGGGUCUGCUUGUUUAUGUGGCUUAUAAAUGCUGGAGAUCGUGUAAACAGAAGCAGGCUCUCUCCAAGGCCCGUGCGGCUGAGUUGGGAUCAUCUCCAGAGGGUGAAAAGCUCCAAAGUGACAGCGGGGUUUUUCUGGACUCUCAAAGCCUACAGGACAACCAGCCCAGCAAAGGCACUAAGAGGGACAGCAAGCAGGACAAUCGCCUGUACGUCAACCUGCCCCCCCACAGACAGGAAGAGGUGGAGCGCCUCCUGCAGGAGGGAGGGGGUCGAGGCUGGAGGCAGCUGGGCGCCGCACUGGGCUAUGAGCCCGAACAGCUAGACCUGUUUGGGCGCGGGGAGGCCCCCGCUCACACGCUCCUCUCCAACUGGGCCCAGAAAGAAGGCUCCACCCUGGGACUGCUGUGCUCUGCGCUGGCCCGCAUCGAGAGGCCCGACGUGGUCACCGUUCUCACCUGCCCCACGCAGGGCGUCUCCGUGGUCUGACAUCGUUUCAGCCACGUGUGUGUGUGUGUGACAGACAGACUCAAGUGAAGAACUUUGACAGAAAUGACAAGGGAGGUACUCUUGAUAUCAACACCUGUCACUGAGGGAGACCGCCACUGACAGUUCUUAACGCCUCGUUGGACAUUUUCUGUUUUUACAAGACGAAAAACAUAUUCUAAUGACACUUUACCCCAGUUUAUGUCGCCAUUUGAUAUUACGCGGAUCCAACUGCAUGAAAGAAUCCCCUGCGAACUGUCUGUUUGCGCUACAGAGAAAAUCUCCUUUUACUAUGGAAAUGGACUUUGUGAAUCUAUUAGCCUCGGUGACACUGUGGGUCUGUCCAGAAUCUGAACAGACCCACAGUGACGUCCACAUACCCUGCAAUAUUCCACAAGUGGCAGGAAACAGAGUAAUGUGUAACAUGUGCUGCAUGGGUGUAAUUCGUUUUUUCAACAAAAAAAACCCACUGUUAACUUGUUAUUUGGACAGAAAUCAGAUUUGUCCCCUGCUUCAUCUAAAUACAUAUUCCCUCCAUGUACUAUUGUAAAGAAAUACACACGUCUCAGAUCAUCAUGUUUCUAGUCUGGCUAGCAUUGUUUUAUGAAUCACAACUUCAGCAACCACUUUGGUAUUGCUGUUGAUUGUUGCCAACAACUCUUCUUUCCAGUACUGUGCGAUCUUCUCUAUUUUGGCCCCAUUUUCACUUGAAGAAAGAAAAGAAUACUACAAGAAAUUUAAAUGCCAAGUGUUUUGAUUUCUUCUUUAGAAAUUUAAGGUUAAAUCUUCCUAACAAAACAAAAAAGCUUGAAAUUGUUAUUUUCUUUAUAAGAACACUUCUUAGACAUGAACUUCUCACCCCUUUCUUUGCUGCAGCCACUAAGUAGCCUUGGUAUUUAUUUACACUGAGGAUAUAUUAUUAUGCACCAGUGAGGUUUCAAAUAUCACCAGAAGACGUGAAAAUAAAGCAUGAAUAUGAAAACACAUUUCUUAGCUCUUUCUAAUGUUUGUCUAUGAUCGUAAAUGUCUUAAAUAUUGAUUUGUUUUGUGAGAUCAAUCGUGAACUGUGAAAACGGAGGAAAAGGAAUAAAACUGAAUCAAUUUUCCUUACAUUCAUAAUACACUAUUUCUGUCAACUUAAUUUUUUUGUAUUGCGAGAAAAAACAAAACAAUCCAAAGACACAGUUAAUACCAAUGCCUGUGUCAAUCAUGCAUCUGUAUUUAUUUCAUCACCAUUUCAAGACUAAAUCAUUAAGCAAUGUGGUAGUGACUCUAUGUGAUGGCCUCAGAUGGUUUGAUUAUUCUUUUUAUGCCAGUCAUGUAUGGUUUUCUGUAUAUAUCCCCUGAUGGUAUGCCCCUGUGUUUUUGUAAGAGUUUAUUCAUUUAAUAAAUAACUUUGAUAAGUCA